AUGGGUCUUGUUAUUGUGAAUUACGACAACAUGAAAAUUCUGUCAGAGUCAGACCAGAAAGGGGAUUCACAUGCCACGAUGACGUCAUCAGAGUCAAGUCCGACGGAAAGGUCGACGCAUUCCAUAUUGACCUCUCCAGAAUCAAGUCAAACUGGAUUGACCAUGGAACAGAUCACUAGCGAAUACAAAGAUAUUUUCGAGGGACUGGGGCAGCUUGGACCGAAACUCCAUUUGGAACUAGAAGAAAACGUGAAACCUGUACAACAAGCA